AGUUCCAUUCGCAACUUUAAACAAGUCCGAAAAACCGUCAAGCAAAAUGAAAUUCUUUAACUCUGUUGUGGUAGCUUCAUGCAUUGUUUUGGGUACCCAAGGUGCUCCUGCUCCUACACCUGAUCUAGGAAAUCUGCUUGGUGGACUUCUUGGCGGUAAUGGUGGUGAUCCUCUUAGCGGUGUUCUUAAUACCGUAACCGGACUUGCUGGUCCUCUGGUCGGAACAGCUUUGGGUGCUGCAGCUCCUGUUCUUAAUACCGUUACCGGUGUCGCUGGUCCUCUGGUGGGAACUGCUUUGAGCGCUGCCGCCCCCGUCCUUGAUACUGUUGGCGGAGUCGUCAAUACUGUAACAGCCCUUUAAACUAAAUUCAUUAUGCCAUGUUUUUCUUGGAAUUCCUGUAGGAAAACUUUGUAAAUAAAUUAAAUUUAUCGUAUUCUGUUUUUAAAUUUGAAAAUAUAAAAAC